AAACACCAGUAAACGGUUUCGAGUGAAAGAAAGGGUCAUUUCGGUUUAUCAGCAUAAUUUUUCGCUCUUUCUUGUGCUUAAUUUUUAGUGUUUUCUAUAGUAUUUUUUGUGUGAAAUUUCAAGACACUUAGCGUCUGGAGAGAGUUGUGUUUCUUCCAGGGUAGCAAAUACCUAGAAGAUUUCUUCUGUUGUCGGAAAUCCUGUCGACUUUGGAUUCUAUGAAUUUCGCUUCAAUCGAAAAUGGUUCCAUUGCGAUCGGUCCGUGAAACAAACGGCGCAUACUCGUUUUGUACAAUUUCGCAGUGAUGAAACCGUUUCUCACAUUUUCGGUGUGAUAAAAGUUAACGACGAACCGGAAAGCUUAUCGGUAUACGAUUAUUAAAAAAAAUGUUGAUGUUAGCGCGAGUUAAAAGAGUUGUUUUAAUGUAAACAAGAACAAUAAACUUUUAUUUCUCAACGAAUUUAUGUGAGUUCAAUAAAAAUGAAGAGGAAACUUUCACAUACAAAUCAAGAAUCCGAAAAAAAAGUCGAGGAACAAAGCACCUGGUCCCUUUAUAGCGUAGUUAGCACUGUCGCGGUUAUAUGUCAUUUGAACGGACUAAAUGGUGAUUUCGUGCACGAUGACAUUCCUGCUGUGAUACGUAAUAAAGACGUUCUAGCUAAUAAUCCGCUCGGACGUAUUUUCAUGAACGAUUUCUGGGGAACGCCCAUGGCAGAAAUGACCAGCCAUAAAUCUUAUAGACCAUUCACCGUUCUUACAUUCAGAGCCAACUAUUUGGUCUUUGGCUUGAAUCCUGCAUGGUUCCAUUUGACAAACAUACUACUACAUAGCGCAGCCUGUUCCUUGUUCACACGAGUAUGCUUGUGCGUAGCUGGUCUACGACCACAGUUUGCGGCUUUGGCAGGCAUUCUUUUCGCAAUUCAUCCCAUUCACACGGAGGCGGUAACUGGAAUCGUGGGGAGAGCGGAUGUUCUGGCAUGCAUGUUUUUUCUUCUCUCGCUACUUGCAUACCAUGGUAGGGCUGAUGGAAUUUAUCAUGUCUGGAUCAGUAUUCUACUGGGUGGUCUUAGCAUGCUGUCUAAAGAAACUGGAAUCACAAUUUUAGUGGUCAAUCUGGCUUAUGACUUUUUUCUACAUUGGCAUUGUUUAAAACGGUCUUUAGGUGAAAGAAAGUGGAAUAAAGAAACUCUUCAAUUUACUAAAAGGGCUGCAAAGAUCCUUACGUCGCUUGGUAUUCUGCUGACUCUAAGGCUUGCAAUUUUGCAAGGAUCUCUACCGAAAUUUUCCCAGCAAGACAAUCCCGCAGCCUUUCAUCCUUCGAUUUACGUCAGAUUUCUGACUUUUGGAUACUUAGCGGCCUUCAACAUGUGGCUUCUGCUGUGUCCAUCAACCCUGUCUCACGACUGGCAAAUGGGAUCUAUCCCUUUAGUAACAACCAUUUCCGAUUUGAGAAAUUUAGCAACCAUAUUCUUCCUUGGACUAACAUUUUUAUUAGCCAUAAAAAGUUUAUCGGAAUUUGAGUCUCAAAAACAUACUCCGUUAGUAUUGGGGCUUCUACUACUAGUGCUACCUUUUUUACCAGCUUCCAAUUUAUUAGUCACUGUGGGAUUUGUUGUGGCAGAACGAUUGCUGUAUAUUCCAAGUCUUGGAAGUAUCCUCCUCAUCGUGUACGGAAUUCAAAUAUUAUGGUACAGAUGCUAUUUUCAUAGACAAACAAUUGUUUCUAUGGUUUUGUUGCUACUAGUUUCCGGCGUUUUAAGAACCUUGAUAAGAAACAGGGAUUGGCUUUCAAGAGAAUCCUUACUAAGGGCUGGACUAAUUACACUACCAUACAACGCCAAGAUGCAUUACAAUUACGCAAAUUUCCUAAGGGACGCAGCGAAACCAGAAUUAGCGAAGACCCAUUAUCUAAAAGCCCUAGAAUUGUGGCCGGCAUAUGCUAGUGCGCACAAUAAUAUUGGAACUCUACUUGACAAUCGCUAUGAAGCAGAACUUCACUUCCUUCUGGCUAUUCGACAUUACUCAGAACACAUCAAUGCUCAUUACAAUUUGGGAAAAUUAUACAGGAUGAACAAUAGAUCGAUUGAAUCAGAACGUAUGCUCAGAAAAUGUAUCAAACUGGAUCCAAGAUUCACUCCGGCUUAUAUAGAACUUGCCAAACUACGCGGACCUAACGAUCAAAGCGUUAAUCGAUUCUUAAAAGAAGUUGUUAUUAUGAAUCCAUCCGAUCCUUAUUUUUCCACUAAUUUCGCAAACUGGUUGUCAAGAAAAGGCAACUAUAAAGACGCUCUUUGGCACUACUGGAAAUCUCUUCAAAUAUCACCAACACAUGAAGAAGCACUUGCAGGCGCUGCAAAAAUUUUACAGAAAUUUGGUCAAAAGGCGAGGCUUUUUCAGCUCAUUACCAGGUGGCAGGUAGUAAAAAGAAGUGAUAGAGGACAACUACCACUAGGUCGUCAUUUGUAUCUACAGGUAUGGCGAUUGAAUGGAGAGCUGAGUCAUAGAGCUAAAAUAUAUGACGUAGAUUCUACAUCGUUGACAACUUCAACAACUCAAACCAACAGUAAUCCUAGCAAGAUAGGCAGGAAUAGUUCGAGACCUCGAACAGACAACACCAACUCUUUGAGACCCUUAACGGUUCUUCAUUUUUUAGAUAGUGUAUAAUCAUUUUCACAUGAUAACAUUGAUACUGUUAUAAUUGGAAAGGUGAACAAUACAAGAGAAAAGGUCUUUCUCACAAGGCAAAGUCAGAAAGCCGUUUUCAUUUAAUUUGAUCAGUCACUGAGUCCAUGACUUUUUGAAUGAACAAACGUUUUCAAAUAAUUCGAUUUUUCAACGUAAUCUAUUUUGAUUUCAAAGUUUAAGUUCAAGCUUCUAGAAGAAGAAAUAGACAGGUGGUGCCAAGUUUACAGAAUAAAAUGAAUAAACUACCAAUUUAUUAUUUUUUUUCAUAAAAACUGCACCAGCGUUGAAUGAUUUUGGUCACCAUCUGCAAAUUAUUUGAAUACUUUUAUUGAAGUCAAUGUUUAUAUACGAUGUGAUCCAUAUGUAUGGAAUAAACUCAAUUUUAGUGCUAUUAUGUACUAUGUGAAAAAAUCCUGAAACAGGUCGAUUUUUAUUUUCAAAUUAACAAUUUACAGUAUGAAAAUAUUCUCCUCCAGCAUCUCCUCUGAAUUAUAAGCACAACACUUGUUGGAAAGGAAUUUUAGUCUUCUGUUCAGCAAUAUAAGUUUUUUUAAAUUUGGUACAAUCAUAAGUGAUAAAAUUAAUUUUUGAGAUGUAUAAUUUUGAUAUCACAAAACUUUACGUAGAAUGAAGAUAAUAAUAUCCCAUAAUAUUUAGAAUGUACUUUUCAACGUGCUAUUCACUUCUUGACAAUAACCGAAGUGAUUUUGGAAUUCUCGUACAACAUAAGAAGUAUUCGAGAGAAGUCAUAUCGGGGGAUCUAGUCGGCCAUUCGAUCGUUCCACUACUGGGAAAAACCUCAUUCAAAUAAUUUUUAACUGUACGUGCAAAAUGUGGCGGAGCUCCAUCUUUAUGGUAGUAAAUGGAUCUAUCUCAUUUAGAUGAUUAACAUCAGGAAAAUGUUUUUGAAAUUUAGGCAUCAAGAGGUUAAUCGAAAAAUCUGGAUAAACCUUAACAUUAAUGGUGCCGUCAAUAAAAUAAAGGCCAAUAAUUUUAUUGUUAAUGAAACCAGCCCAAACGUUCACUAUUUUUCUCUGCUACAAUAUCUAUAGUUCUGUUUGUUAACCUUUCCAUUUCAAUGAAACGUCGGUUCGUCAGAAACAACUAUUUUGUUUAUGAAACUAUCAAAAUAGAUGAUUUACUCAUAUCAUAGUCGACGACAAGUUCUCGAAUUGUCUAUGCGGAUUUUCUUAAAUCUCUAGAAGUACAUCUAACUUUUUUUUAACAGUAAAUUGAACAUUUCUAAAUGAUUUUUCAAUAUUUUUCACAUGGGCAGUUUCACGAAAUCUUUUUUUCAAUAAUGAUAACUGUAGAAUGUGGAACGUGUUGACCAAGGUAAUUAUUAUUAAAAAUUCCACAAACCUCCUUUUAAGCUCUUGUUUAAUUACCACAAUCAAUCAUAAUUAAAAAUCCUUGAGUCUAGGACAAAUGAGCCAUAAUUAGUUUUAAUAUGCGUACAGGUUCUUUUCACCUAGGACGUAACGCUGAAAUUGAAUUUAUUCCAUACAUAUAAACCACAUUGUAGAAACGUUUGGUGUCUAGGGUGUUUGGAGAAUCCACGCUUCGUUCACGUUUACGAAUCAGGUCUACAUUGCACUUCACAACACUUAACACUUCUGCAAAAUUUGCUAACAAACGUAGCGGUCACCACCCAAAAAGUUUUCUUCUACUAAGUGAUCGCUCAUAAUUAUAAGCAAUGCGCAAUAUAAAGAUGAUGGCUUCUACAAUAUCUCACACUUCCAAUCCUCAACUGGCCAAUAUCAGUAUCAUAAAUAUAGAGCUUCCGGGUAUCUUCUGUACUUGAACGGAAACAAUAGUUUAAUCUACCCGAUUGAAGUUUAAGGUGCAGUGUUAUCGAUUGAAAUAUAUCGUGCAUUGUUUCCAAUUGAAAUUAAUGGGUCAGUUCCCAUAAUAUUCAUUAAGCUGAUCCGAAUGAGAGGGAGGAAUACUUUAUUUUCCAUUUUCUACUUCAAUCAUAAGCUACUAGACACAAAUGAAAUGAGGCAGCCUCUCCAAAUUUUGACAGAAGUCAAAUAACAGAUAUUAAAAAAACAGGAAAUUCAAAACGUCAAGGACUUUUACUUCACAAUUUUAAGAAUAUGGUGACGAUUCUUAAAACAGUUCAUACAUUGAACUAUCCGCCUUUCUAGAAUUUAUUGAACAACUAAUGAAUUGUUUUCAGUUUCGCAAAGUACUUUGUAUCUUUAAUAUUUAGUAGCCAAAUCAAUAUUUCGUACUAUUUAAUAAUUUCAUAGAUUUAAUUACACACUUUUUUAUGUGAAAAACACGAUAAACAUAACUAUUUCUAUGAAAAUUGGCUAAUUGUAUUGAAAAUGGAGAGUCUAAUAGAAUGAGUUGUCAAAAAUAUAUUUAGUAUGCUCAACAGGUAGACUGUUUGUAUGGGUAUUCACCCAAUGUGAAAUCAUCAAGAUAUUUUUGAAAGAAGCUCAAACUUCUAGUACAAGUAUGCAAUUUUUUUUUGGCUUUUGAACAUUGGUAAAGAUGAAAUCAAGAACAUUAAUAUGCAUUGAUAAAAAUUUUCGAUAUCAAUUCAAUCAAGAGCCAGCUGGCAACAGUGUGGUAGAACUGUAUGGUUUUUGAUCCUAGAGCACUUAGGGGUACUGAAAUUGUCGAAAUCUGGCUAACCUUAGAACCGCUUUCCUUGGUAUGUACAACAAUAUAAUCAUCUACAUAUUUCCUAAACCAUAUAUUUUAUAGAAUUGAAAGAUAACCUUAUUGUUACAACAUCGAUUGAAAAGUUCGUUUUUGCUAUAUUUCCGUCACACAUAUAACGUGGACAUAUGUAAUCAUGCGUUGAAAAUUCAUAAUGUUCAAGUGUAUAAUUUGGAAAAUAUAUUUAAAUAUAAGUUCCUAUUCACGCAGCUUUAAAGGUCUAUAACUCAGAAACGAGUGGACGUAUGUAAAAACUUUUUUCAGAUCACAGCAUUAUUUCCAGUCCUGGAAUAACCUGUAUAUCGACUCCGAGGUUUGACAGUAUGGAAUGAAAUUUCUUUUCUGUAAAUAUUCAUACCCAAAAUUCAGAAAGUGUUUUAUUGACGUUUAAUCAAUACAGAAACAAAGCUUUGUUAUAAGCUUACAAAAGUCGCAUUAGGUAUUCUAAAACUAUUUUUAGCAAAAAGCUUAUCUUCCGAACUAAACUGAUUUUCAAACUUCCAUAGCCAAAUUAGUUUCUGUCGAAACUUGACAUCAAUUUCUCAUGAAAAUUUUUUAUUACUGAUUUCUCAGAAAAGCGACCUAUACGAAUUUACCAGAUCGUACAAACUUUGGAUACCAUUAUAAAAGGAACAGUCAUAUAUAAAUUUAAUAUCUUGUUCAUAUUUUUUACAUGGUGUUCAACAUUAUCAUGUUUGUUUCAUGACUUCAGUACAUCACAUACAUAUGAAUAAACCAAAAAUAAAACAAAGAAUAUUUGAUUUCGGAAAUAUUGUAGUGCAUAAGACUGAUCAAUUAUAUAAUAAUCAAUCGAAAACCAAGACCAAGAUAGUAAUGACAGAGCUUGAAGUCUUUAGUAACUAAAUAUUUACAUGAAACUAUUUCAAAGUGAUUUAGUUUCAUGAGUAAAUACCAGGAUGUAUUGAUAUUUAUUUAGCCUAAACUAGUUCCAUGCAUAAACCAAAUAUUGCGUUACCAUAGCAAAGAACAAUAAGAAAAAUAAUAAAAUAUUUUGACAUUGAAAUUUUGUUUGGUUACGUUGAGAAUUUUUCAAUAUAUUCUCGUAAUAUAAAAGUAUCUUUUAUCUAGUCACUUUCGGAACUUUUAACAAAAUGUAACUAUAGUUAGAAAAAGUUCAUAUUUUCAUAUUUUAAGGAACUGUUAUUUUUCCAACCACAUAUUUUGGAGGGAAAAUCUUAAUAUCAUUAUGUUUGCCAUUUCUUUUGAAAUUUCGAUUCAUAUAACAUAUUUUAUCAAAAUUUAUAAGUAGAGAACCUAACUGUGAUAAUGUUUUAUCGUUUUGGUAAUGCGAAGUUUUCUUCGUUUCACAUUUUUUCACUUCAAUUUAGAAAAGAAGUAUCGUAUCUUAGCGAGAGCUAAGUUGGAAUUUCUGAAACCGUUAGUGAUAUUCAUCAUGAGCACACUGUUUACACCAACACUCAUAAUUACACUGUCUGACGCUACUCUCACAUUUAGAGUAGCUUUAAUAGGGACAAAGGGUCAAUUCCUCACAGCCCACUCAAUAGUUUAGUAGUCAAGGAAUAAAUGUUAACAUUGCCGCCAAGGAAGUUUUAGUUUUUUUAGUUUACCUUCAGUCUCUGAAGACGAUAACUUGGUUAUCGAAACGCGCCUUGGUCAUUGUAAUUGUGACUGUUGGUGUAGUGGUGGUGUAAACAGUGUAUUCAGAAAUAGUAAGAGCUACUUUUGGGAAGUAACUUAGAUACUAUUUUCAGGAGAAUUACUUCUUGAAAAUAACUCAGAUACUUUGAAAAAAUACCUAAUAAGUAGUUAUGUUUAAACAGUAAUUAUCCCAACUCUAAAUGAUGGUACAUUCCAUUUAAUCCAAUCUUCUUAUUAGAAGGAAAUAUUUUACUGAAUAUCAGCGGUUCUCUUUGAAGUGAAAGUGAAAGUUAUUUGUAUGAAAUUCAUGCUAUUGUGUUGAUUGAACAAAUACCAUGCAGAAGCUCUGAUUAGUACGAAUUGAAAAGAGCUUAUUUCUUGCAAAACUUGCUCUAGAGACCCGGAUUUGAAUUUUUUGUUGAAUCUUCUGUAGUGUUUAGUUAAAAAAUCAACGAGAACCAAGAGAAAGUCCAACUAUAGUCUACACUACACUAAUUUCAGAUGACAAAAUAUGAAUCAAUAUAUAAUUUAGUUCGCAAAGACCGAAAAUUUGAAUUUUUCUAUAAUGCUUUUCAUUCAAAAAGUUUUGUAUGAAUCCAGCAGCUUAGCUAAUGUAUGUGUAGUGUAUCUGUCUCGUUUGUCAACUAUCCAUUUUUAUAAUUUUGAUGAAGAAUUAUUUCGAAAGUAAAUAGUUAUGUUUAUCCGUGCUAAAUUGCCUGAACGCAAAACAAUGACGUUUUGUGUCGAGUAAUAGAACUAUUUUAUUAUACGUACAAUAUGUUGUAUUUGUUUCUUAUUAUACGAAUAAUAAAUUUGAAUAAAACAUAA